AUGAGGCUCCCGGUGUCCCUGUGGCUGCCGCUGGCCCUGGGGGUGGCCGCGGUGGCCGCGGUGGCCGCGGGCCAGUCCCCGCUGCAGCGGCGCGUGGUCCGGGAUGUGCUGGAAUAUUUCCACGGGCGCAGCAAUGUGCAUUUCCUCUUCAAGGAGCGGGACGUGGACGGGGUCAUCGAGCGGGAGGACCCUUCGGGGACGUUCGUGCAGCUCCGCCUGAGCCUGGCACAGACGGGGUGUCGGAAGCGAGCGCCUCAGCGGCACUGCCGGGUGCUGGAGAGCCGGCGGAAGCCGAUCUGCCUGGCCUGCUACAAGUUCGACACCAGCGAUGUCCCCAAGGUGCUGGACAAGUACCACAACUGCGGCCCCAGCCACCACCUGGCGGCCAAGGAGAUCCGCCAGCGGGACGAAGCUGAGUGCCGGGCGGUGGAGGAGGCCGGGAAAGGCGGGGACAUGCUGUACCUGCCCGGAAUGUUCGCCUUCUCCCGGGGGCUGCCAGCCUAG